CGCUGCGCCAGACCGAGGGUGUUCUCGGGGACACUCCAGGUCCCCAGGGAGGGCGUCAGGCUGGCCUGGAGGAGCCUAGGGACACUGCGGGAAGAGGGGGCGCGCUGCAGAGGUGGCCCUGCCGUGGGCGGUGGUCGAGUGUGGGCAGGACAUUCCGAGAUGCUUUAGAACUGGAAGAGAUUUAGACAUCCCUCUGGUCCUACCCCUCAUCUUCAUAGGAGAAACUGGACCCAGAGGUUAAAUGACUUCCCAAGAUGCCACAGUGAAUUGAGAAGGUCCAGGGGCGGGGCCGCUGCCCGCGAGUCCAGUGGAGCCACCUGAGCCGGAGCGGGGAGGACGCGAUGGCUGGGGGGACCCGGCCGCCGUCGCCGCUGCUGCUGCUGCUGCUCCUGCUGCCGCCGCCUGCGAUUUGGGGGCUCGUCCCCCGGAUCAGCCUGCCGCUGGGCUCUGAAGAGCGACCAUUCCUCAGAUUCCAAACUGAAAACGUCUCCAACUACACGGCCCUUCUGCUGAGCAGGGAUGGGAAGACCCUGUACGUGGGUGCCCGAGAGGCCCUCUUCGCGCUCAACAGCAGCACCAGCUUCCUGCCAGGCGGGAGAUACCAGGAGCUGCUGUGGAGCGCAGAUGCUGAGAGGAAGUACCAGUGCAGCUUUAAGGGCAAGGACCCACAGCGUGACUGUCAAAACUACAUCAAGAUCCUCCUGCCACUCAACAGCAGCCACCUGUUUACCUGCGGCACCGGCGCCUUCAGCCCCCUGUGCACCUACAUUAAUGUGGAGAACUUCACACUGGCCCGGGACCAGGCGGGGAAGGUCCUUCUGGAAGAUGGCAAGGGCCGCUGUCCUUUUGACCCCAAUUUCAAGUCCACAGCCCUAAUGGUUGAUGGUGAGCUCUACACUGGAACAGUCAGCAACUUCCUGGGGAAUGACCCGGCCAUCUCCCGGAGCCAAAGCCGCCGCCCCACCAAGACUGAGAGCUCCCUCAACUGGCUCCAAGACCCAGCUUUUGUGGCCUCGGCCUACAUUCCCGAGAGCCUGGGCAGCUUAGAAGGUGAUGAUGACAAGAUCUACUUCUUCUUCAGCGAGACCGGCCAGGAGUUUGAGUUCUUCGAGAACACUAUCGUGUCCCGCAUUGCCCGCAUCUGCAAGGGCGACGAGGGCGGCGGGCGGAUCCUGCAGCAGCGCUGGACGUCCUUCCUGAAGGCCCAGCUGCUGUGCUUGCGGCCUGACGACAGCUUCCCGUUCAACGUGCUGCAGGACGUCUUCACCCUGAGCCCCAGCCCCCAGGACUGGCGUGACACCCUCUUCUAUGGGGUCUUCACAUCCCAGUGGCACAGAGGGACCACAGAGGGCUCUGCCAUCUGUGUCUUCACCAUGAAGGACGUGCAGAGGGCCUUCAAUGGCCUCUACAAGGAGGUGAACCGUGAGACGCAGCAGUGGUACACCGUGACCUACGAGGUGCCCACACCCCGGCCUGGCGCGUGCAUCACCAACAGCACCCGGGAGAGAAAGAUCAGCUCAUCCCUGCAGCUCCCCGACCGUGUGCUGAACUUCCUGAAGGACCACUUCCUGAUGGAUGGGCAAGUCCGCAGCCACCUGCUGCUGCUGCAGCCACAGGCCCGCUACCAGCGCGUGGCUGUCCACCGUGUCCGUGGCCUACACCACACCUAUGACGUCCUCUUCCUGGGCACCGGGGAUGGCCGGCUGCAUAAGGCGGUGAGUGUAGGCCCCCGAGUGCACAUCAUUGAGGAACUACAGAUCUUCUCGCCAGGACAGCCCGUGCAGAACCUGCUCCUGGACCCCGACAGGGGACUGCUGUAUGCUGCCUCACACUCGGGUGUGGUCCAGGUGCCCGUGGCCAACUGCAGCCUGUACCAGAGCUGUGGGGACUGCCUCCUCGCCCGGGACCCCUACUGUGCUUGGAGCAGCUCCAAGUGCCGUCACAUCAGCCUCUACCACCAUGGGGCGACCUCCAGGUCAUGGAUCCAGGACAUCGAGGGGGCUAACACCAGGGACCUCUGCAACACUUCCAUGGUCAAGCCCCGGGUUGCUGUACCGGCAGGUGAGAAGCCAUGUGAGCAAGUCCAGUUCCAGCCCAAUUCGGUGAACACCUUGACCUGCCCCCUGCUCUCCAACCUGGCGACCCGGCUCUGGCUGCACAACGGGGUCCCUGUCAAUGGCUCGGCCUCCUGCCGGGUGUUGUCCACUGGGGAUCUGCUGCUGGCGGGCAGCCAGCAGGAGCUGGGGGUGUUCCAGUGCUGGUCACUGGAGGAGGACUUCCGGCAGCUGGUGGCCAGCUACUGCCCAAAGGUGGAGGACACAGUGACAGAGCGGAGGGGAAAAGGGUCUGUCAUUAUCAACACAUCUCGGGUGAGUGCGCCAGCCCACGGCAAGGCCAGCUGGAGCGUGGACAAGUCCUACUGGACGGAGUUCCUGGUGAUGAGUGUACUGUUCGUGUUCGUCAUAGUGCUCCUGCUGUUGUUCUUCCUCUACCGGCACCGGGACGGCAUGAAAGUCUUCCUGAAGCAGGGGGAGUGUGCCAGUGUGCACCCCAAGACCCGCCCUGUGGUGCUGCCACCCGAGACCCGACCACUCAAUGGCGUAGGGCCCCCAAGCACCCCUCUCGACCACCGAGGCUACCAGGCCCUGUCGGAUAACUCCCCGGGGACCCAGGUCUUCACCGAGUCAGAGAAGAGGCCGCUCAGCAUCCAUGACAGCUUUGUGGAGGUGUCCCCGGUGUGCCCCCGGCCCCGGGUUCGCCUAGGCUCUGAGAUCCGGGACUCGGUGGUGUGACAGCUGACUUCUAGAGGAAGCCACCCUGGGUUCAUGGGCCAUGAGUGCUCAGAAGGGGCCCACUGGACUCUGCGCCGCGUGCCGCACAGCCCGGUGCCCGGUGCCCAGUGCCCGGCUCCCGGCAGUAGUGGGGCCAGCUGGCCUGCUGCUCCUCAAGUAGUGAGGCCCCUCCAACCAAGACAGCCAUGGCCCCGGAGGUCCCGGCUGAAGAUGGCGCCUGCCUAGGUGGGCAGAGCAGUGCUUCUUAUGUAAGCUGAGCCUUUUGUUUAAAAAAACCAUUGAAAAUGUGAAUUGAGAAUGACAGACAACACAAUGCCACACACACGGCCACUCCAGUUCCCAGCACCCAGCCUCGAGGCCUGUUGGGGGCUUUGGAAACUCAUCCACCGUGGUGGUUGGAGACAGAGUUGGGAAUCUCUCACUAGCUGGUCUCUUCCAGUCUCUGCCUUAUUCCACUGCCACAGGCAGCCCGUCACUGCAGGGCCAGGGGCCAGGCUCCGGCUCCAUGGGUCCUGCCGGCCACCAGCUGGCCAGGUUGUUACAGCCAUCAUCCUGUCACCUCAGGGACCGGAGGGCUCUGCGGCUCUGCAGCCCUCACAAGGCCCUGGGCUCAAGCCUCCUCUGGACCUUUCCGGCCUGUAUCAGGCUGUUGCCACAUGACAGCAGGCAGUGUGAGCUCAGGAGAAUGCAUGAUGAUAUUCACCUUUCCCGCGGAACUCUAGGCGGACGCUGCUGUUGCCUGCCUUCCGCUGUCCAGCCUGAAAACCCGUGUGUCUGUCUCUGCCCCGUCAUCCAUCCCAGCCUUCACCCCCACACUUUACCUGCCUCCGAUCUAAGUGAUAUUGACACUGCCCAGCAAAGGGCCCUGAAUUUGUGUGGGUUUUAUAUUUUUUUAAAUAAG